AUGCUUCGUUCGAGCCUUCGCUCAUGUCGCCUUGGCGGCAGUUCUAUCUCCAGCCUUCGUGGCUCAGUGCCUGUGACUACUCCACCUCGCUGGUCCAGGUCUCUACCAACACAGAGAAAGUUCUUAGCCGUGCAGUCAAGAAGCUAUGCUGUAUCAUCAGCUAAUGCGAAAGGAGUGGAUCCUUCAGAUGCUUUCCUACAAGGAAACACCGCAAACUAUAUCGACGAAAUGUACCUCUCGUGGAAGAAAGACCCUAAAAGCGUUCACAUUUCAUGGCAGGUGUAUUUCAAGAAUAUGGAGGGAGAUGGUCCUGCAUCACAAGCUUUCCAAGCACCCCCAACUCUCGUUCCUACCCCUACCGGUGGUGUUCCUGCGAUCGUUCCUGGGGCCCACCUCGGCGGUAAUACCGAUGUCACAAAGCAUUUGAAGGUGCAGCUUCUUGUUCGUGCAUAUCAGGUUCGAGGACACCACAAAGCAAAGAUCGACCCCCUGGGAAUCCGAUCAAUGGAAAUUGGUGGAACUGCGAACCCCCGUGAGCUUGACCUUGACCACUACCAAUUCACUGAGAAAGAUCUUGAUGAUGAGUAUACGCUUGGUCCCGGUAUUCUCCCAAGAUUCGCUACGGAAGGCAAAGAGAAAAUGACUCUGAGGGAAAUCGUGGCUGCUUGUGAGAAGACCUACUGUGGCUCUUACGGUGUGGAGUACGUUCACAUCCCAGAUCGUGAACAAUGCGACUGGAUUAGGGAGCGUGUUGAGGUCCCUACUCCCUACAAAUACAACCAUGAUGAGAAGCGCCGUAUUCUUGACCGUUUGAUUUGGUCAACAUCCUUCGAAUCUUUCCUUUCAACUAAGUACCCCAACGACAAGCGUUUUGGUCUUGAAGGUUGUGAGGCCUUGGUGCCUGGAAUGAAGGCAUUGAUUGAUAGAUCUGUUGACCACGGGGUGAAGGACAUCAUCAUUGGUAUGCCCCAUCGUGGUCGUCUCAACGUUCUCUCCAACGUCGUCCGCAAGCCCAAUGAGAGUAUCUUUAGUGAAUUUGGAGGGACAACUGAGCCCAGUGAUGAGGGGUCUGGAGACGUCAAAUACCAUCUCGGAAUGAACUUUGAAAGACCCACCCCCUCCGGUAAACGAGUGCAGCUUUCUUUGGUGGCAAAUCCCUCUCAUUUGGAGGCUGAGGACCCAGUUGUGUUGGGAAAGACCCGUGCAAUCCAACACUUCAACAAUGACGAGAAGGCACAUGCUACUGCUAUGGGAGUACUUGUACACGGUGAUGCUGCAUUUGCUGGACAAGGUGUGGUUUAUGAAACCAUGGGUUUCCACUCUCUCCCUGCAUACUCGACCGGUGGUACCAUCCAUCUCAUUGUGAACAACCAGAUUGGAUUCACAACAGAUCCCCGAUUCUCCCGCUCCACACCUUAUUGCUCUGACAUUGCCAAGUCGAUUGAUGCGCCUGUCUUCCAUGUAAAUGCUGAGGAUGUCGAAGCUCUCAACUUUGUCUGCCAGUUGGCAGCGGACUGGAGGGCGGAGUUCAAGAGAGAUGUUGUUAUCGAUAUUGUGUGCUACAGAAAGUAUGGACACAACGAGACCGAUCAGCCUAGUUUCACCCAGCCCUUGAUGUACAGGAAGAUUGCCGAAAAGCUUUUCGGACGAGGACAUCCAGGAACACAAGAAAUGGGUAUGGGGUAUGUUGGAAGACAGCUUUGCCAAGUCAAAGGACUACCAGCCACUGCCAGGGAAUGGCUUACCAGUGCAUGGAACGGCUUUAAAUCCCCUAAGGAAUUGGCUACCGAAGUUCUCCCCCAUCUCCCAACCUCAGUUGAUGAGGCUACAUUGAAGCACAUUGCCGACACAAUUGCCACUGCUCCCGAAGGAUUCCAUGUUCACAGAAACUUGCAGCGUAUCUUGGCAAACCGUAAGAAGACUGUCGAGGAAGGCAAGAACAUCGAUUGGUCGACCGCCGAAGCACUUGCUUUUGGUAGUUUGCUCAAUGAAGGCAAGCACGUUCGUGUCAGUGGACAGGAUGUAGAACGUGGUACCUUCUCACAAAGACACGCAAUUCUCCAUGACCAGGAAACAGAGGAUACCUACACACCCUUGCAGCACAUCAGCGAGAACCAGGCUAAAUUUGCUAUCUGCAACUCUUCGUUGAGUGAAUUCGGAGUACUUGGUUUUGAAUAUGGAUACUCACUUUCUUCUCCUGACGCCUUGGUCAUCUGGGAGGCCCAGUUUGGAGAUUUUGCCAACAAUGCCCAAUGUAUCAUCGAUCAGUUCAUUGCUUCUGGAGAAACUAAGUGGCAUCAGCGUACUGGCUUGGUCCUCUCACUUCCUCACGGUUAUGAUGGACAAGGUCCCGAGCAUUCUUCCGGGAGAAUUGAGAGAUAUCUCCAACUGUGUAACGAGGACCCCCGUGUUUUCCCCUCGGAAGCAAAACUCGACCGCCAGCACCAGGAUUGCAACAUGCAAGUUGCAUACAUGACCACUCCCUCCAACCUGUUCCACAUUUUGAGGAGGCAGAUGAACCGUCAAUUCAGAAAACCCUUGGUUAUCUUUUUCAGCAAAGCUCUCCUCCGUCACCCUCUUGCUCGCUCUGAGCUCUCAGACUUCACCGGAGACUCACAUUUCCAGUGGCUGAUCCCCGAAACCGAGCACGGCAACGGUCUCAAGGAUCCCUCCGAGUGCACUCGCCUAUUGAUCUGCACUGGUCAAGUCUACGCCGCUCUCCGCAAACACCGUGAAGCUAACAAAAUCGACGAUGUCGCCAUCGCUCGUGUCGAGCAACUGCACCCCUUCCCCUGGGCACAGCUCCGUGACGAAUUCGACAAAUACCCUAACUUGAAGGAGAUCGUCUGGACCCAGGAGGAGCCACUCAAUGCCGGUGCCUGGAGCUUUGUGCAACCAAGAUUGGACACCAUCCUCCGCAACACGCAGAACCAUGCUGAUAAGCACGUCCAAUAUGCUGGCAGAAACCCCAGCGCCAGUGUUGCCACUGGUCUCAAGGCUAGCCAUGUGAAAGAGGAGCAGGAGCUGCUGAACGACGCCUUGCGCGUCCACAGCUGA